AUGAGAAUGAAUUCAUUGAUUCUAAAAAUAGUUUAAUUAUUUAUUUGUAACAUUUAAUUCUUAGAAUAAUAAUGGUAAAGAAUGGAAAUGGAUUCCAGGCUUGAAAAUGUGCAUCUGUCUGCCACCUGAGUGCUCAUAAGUUCUUCACCUUUUUGGAUAUCUCUUUCCUUUAAUAUUUAAGUUAAAUGGCUUGAGCCCGCAUCCCAGGUAAGUAGGCCAUAUAGUGCUCUCCCAAGGUUUCUGUGAACUCCCAGACAUUUACAGCUGCAAGGUGACUUCUUCAAGCUCCCCAAUCCUGCUGAAUACUCCUUCCAUUCAGAUUUCACUUUCUUCUUGUCACCUCAGAAUAAGUUGAACUGAGGACACAUUUUCCUUGUUUUAUCCUAAGUGCAUACAUUUUCCUUGUUUUAUCCUAAGUGCAUUGCACACUUUAUUGAAUGUUGGGGUAACUGAGAGAGGUUAUUUUGUGCCAAUGCAGAGUAAACAAAACAAAACAAAAAUCCUAACAUUUAAAAAUAGACAUCCCUGUGUUAAUCAGACUCUCAGUCAUCCUUGCCUCUGGGAAUUUCUCACUGGCUGUCCUUGAUUUUCAAGUCUUGGCUUCUUAUAAAUAUGACUGGGGCUUCUGUCUUUCAAAAGACUUCUCCACAUCCCCAGCAACUCCUCCCCCAGUCCCUCUAUUCAGCCCCUCUUUCCACAUUUGCCAAAUUCCUAUAAAUUCCUCUUAAGCAGAGCAAUUCAAACUGCCUUUUGUUCUUUCUUGUUCCUGAUUAUGCAGAGUAAAAGAUGAGGAUGGGCAUUUUUUACCUUUUUCACCCAGAAAGACCAUCAAGGUAGUUUUCUAAAUCAAAAGCCAGCUUUCCUGAUGUGAGUUAUACAAUUUCCCAAGCACAUGGAAUGUAGGGCUGCAAUCAAUUCUUAUUUUAAAUAGCAGUUGCCUCCUAUCUCCCCAUCAGCCCACCGUAUGAGCAUAUGAGCAUAUUAUGGGCAUCUGAUCCUAAAGGCGGUUCUUUCUUCCUGGGCUACCAUCAAUCUACUCUGCCCUGUAUUUCUGUAUCUUGUACUCAUGUGGUUUUUAACUAGGAAUGAUUUUGCCCCUUAAAGGAAUUUGUCAAUGCCUAGGGACAUUUUUGGUUAUCGCAACUGGGGAGUUGCUACUAGCAUCUGGUGGGUAGAGGCCAGGGAUUCUGCUAAUCAUUCUACAAUGCACAGGACAGCCCCCACAGGAAAGAAUUAUCCACACCAAAAUAUCAAUAGUGCCAAGAUUGAGAAAUCCUGCUCUACAGUGAGAACUUCUGAUGUGGAGCUUACUAAUGAGCUACUAAAUGAUAACAGGGAAGCACUAAGGUGAAUAGUCAUAUCCCUUUGCCCUUUCCUUUUGUUCCAGGUUCUUUGCCCAGUGACUGAAAGGAGACUUACGAUAAGUGAGACUCACCUCUGGUCUUUGAACAGCUCACUCUAGUGGAACUUGUUUUUGUUAUUCAGAAGUGAGGAUGGGAUGUAAAUACAAACAAGUAAUUGUACCACAACACGAUAGGCCCAUAAGAAAAGUCCUUCUCCCAGAUUUAGAAUUUUAUGUUAAUCUUGGAGAUUGGCCUUUGGAGCAUCGAAAAGUCAAUGAAACCCCUGGCCCUUUACCUAUCAUUUCAUGGUGUGGCUCUCUGGAUUCACGAGAUGUUAUCCUUCCAACAUAUGACAUCACCCACUCCACACUUGAAGCUAUGAGGGGUGUUACAAAUGAUCUUCUCUCUAUUCAAGGAAAUACAGGACCUUCCUGGAUCAAUAAAACAGAGAAAGCUUUCUUUAGAGGUAGAGAUAGCCGAGAGGAGAGGCUCCAGUUGGUGCAGCUGUCCAAAGAUAAUCCACAGCUACUAGAUGCAGGAAUUACAGGAUAUUUCUUCUUCCAAGAAAAAGAAAAGGAGCUUGGAAAAGCUAAAUUGAUAGGCUUCUUUGACUUCUUUAAGUACAAGUAUCAAGUGAAUGUGGACGGGACUGUGGCUGCUUAUAGAUAUCCAUACCUCAUGCUUGGUGACAGUUUGGUUCUGAAGCAGGACUCACCAUAUUAUGAACAUUUUUAUAUGGCACUAAAGCCUUGGAAACAUUAUGUUCCAAUUAGAAGAAAUCUUAGUGAUCUACUAGAGAAAGUUGAAUGGGCCAAGGAAAAUGAUGAAGAAGCCAAGAAGAUUGCAAAAGAAGGGCAGUUGACUGCUAGAGAUCUACUACAGCCCCACAGGCUUUACUGCUACUAUUACAGAGUACUACAGAAAUACGCUGAGCGCCAGACCAGCAAACCCGAAAUACGUGACGGAAUGGAACUUGUUCCUCAGCCGGAUGACAGUGCAUCUAUCUGCCAGUGCCACAGGAAAAGGCCUUUAAGAGAAGAGCUUUAAGUCAGCCCAUAUUCACACUCCUGUAUAUGCCGGCAACAUCUUCCAUGGCAGCAUUCAGAUAGAAUCUAAGCUGUGAAGACUGUGAAGACAGCCUGGAAGACUGUAUGCAGGGGACUGCUUCUCUUGGUGGCUUCAUAUAAUGUGGAUGGAUAGAGCAAUAUUAGAGCAAGUAUUACCAAAUAUCUUAGGAUAUUAAUAUCUUUUGAGUAAACACUGCUAUUAUCAGCAUCAUAGUUUCUCUGAAAAGAAAACUUGGGGAUCAUAGUAGAUAGAGAGGCUUGCCAAAAUAUAAAUAACUCUCUAUGAAACUGUUUACAUUGUAUUUAUUGGUUUGUUUCUAUCCCUUGUUCACUUUCCCUCUUCCCUUUCCAAUGAUGAAGAAAAAAUAUUUUUGCAGGGCUUUUUUUACCCCCUCACUGCAUAACUUCUCCUCCUACAAGCUGCUUUUGGCAUUCAGUAAUAGCAAGUUUCCUCUUGGAAGGUCUGAUAUGAAUAAUGAAGGAAGAUGAGAAUGACUCUGUUAUUAAAGGUAGUUUGGAGACUAUGAAGGGAAAUUAUUUUAAAGCUCAUUCAUAUCUUUUUAACUAAGUUUUACCAAGGGCUGAGACAAAAUUAAGGAGAGGUAGUGCCUUAAGCUAGUUAAUUCCCAGUCUAUCUGAGUUGGACACCAAUCAAGGACAACACAGUUAUUAAAGUAGAUGACAGCAUCCUAUCAGUAUCUUCAUUAUCUAUAUAUUGAAUAGAUAAAUGAUAACUGUAGUCAGAUAGGGAUCUUUAAUUCUUUUUAAUCUUUAAAAGGGAUACUUGAAAAACCUCUGAAACAAGCUGCAGGAAGCCUGGUAUCUUGGGAUUCACUAAUAAACUAAUGACAAAAGCAAGCAUCCAUUCUUCACCGCACCGCUCCUCUAUUUCACUGUGCUGUAUUGCUAAGAUAAAAACUUUGGAAAUUUCCUUUGCCUUUUAGGACAGGGUGAAGUCUUAAGACCCAGAAAUUCAUUACACGUUCCUUGUAAUACCACCAAUAUGAGAUUCAAUUCAUUAAGAACACACUCCCAAAACAAGAAAUAUCCACACUCCAAUUUAAAAAUAUUUACUCUCCUAAUUGAAAUAUUUACUUAACCUGGAAGACAAUGUAACCACUUUAAAAUAGUCAUAUCUAUUCUUUACUGAACAUUACUAGGGACACAGAAUUUUUUUAACUAGACAAAAGCAAAAGCACAUUUAGUAACAGUGUAAUCAAAGCCAAGUAUACAUGGAAAACACUAAUACCCACCAGUUGUUCAAAACACUAAUACCCACCAGUUGUUCAAAACACUAAUACCCACCAGUUGUUCAAGUAUACAUGGAAAACACUAAUACCCACCAGUUGUUCAAAAGCACAAGUACACAAGUAUAAAAUAAAGGGCAAGCUGUACAGUGACCAGAUCCUAAGGAGAAGAGGGGUGUGACGAUAUGUAAGUUAAUAUAAUAACUACAUUUGUCAAAAUAAGCUAUCAACAUUUUGUUUUUAUUAAUAAAAUGUUGGAAACACCUUAAGUAGCCAUCAUGAGGGAGCUAGCUAAAUAUAUAGCUAUACAUCAAGGAAUACAGUACAACCAUUAAAAAGAAUGAACUAGCUCUAAAUGCACUAUCAAUCAUGAAAGAUUUCCAUGACAGUGUUCAGUGUAAAAAGCAAGUUACAGAACAACACAUAUAAUGUGAAAAUAUUUAUGUAAAAAAAUAUAUCCAUGUGAUUGAAAGUUUAGAAGGAUAUUCACCAAUAUCUGAGGAAAAUGGAGAGAAGGGAAUUUUUACUUUUUGUCUUAUACCUGUCUAUGAUAUUUAAAAUGCUUUUACUGUAAGUAUGAAUCAGAUUGGACAAUAAAGAAAAAUACAAGCCUAGGAAAAGAAAAUAAAUGCACAAAAGAUAUACAUAGGAAAAUA